GUUGAGAUAGAUAAGGUUAAAAUGUAGAACAGAAAAUUUCGUAGCUAUAUAAACUGCGGAAAUUUCAAGGCUUUAUCAUAACACACGCAUGAAAUAGCACAGUUAAGUCGGGAUAAUUUCAAAUACACUUCAUGGAACAAUCAGAAAAGGUCAAAGAUGAAGACGAGUGUAAUGGUGUAGUGACAGUACUGGAAGAUGAACACGGGAACCAGUUUAAAACUGUAACUGUUGAUGAAGUUGUCUUCCCAUUUGAAAAACUUAAAAUUGGAGCAGAAAAAAGGCUUUCUUACGUUAAGAAUUUUCCUUAUGAGGAUGGCGAUGUUCUCUUAUGUAGCUAUCCGAAAACAGGUACCCACUGGACAGCAAACUUGUUACAUUAUUUAAUGUAUGAUGGACCACUGGAUGAUCUUGUUUCACAUCCGCCCUGUCUUAUAGAUCUCUUUGAUAUGGAUACAGUGCAACAGCGAGAAGGCAGACGAAUUGUGACAUCACAUUUCCCGCCCAAAAGUCUACCAAUCGAACAUUUUGAAAAGGGCGGGAAAACAGUUCUGGUGUUCCGUAAUCCCAAAGAUGCAGCCGUUUCGAUGUAUCAUCAAUUAAUAAGAUUCAAAAUGCUGGGUGAAUUUAAACUAUCAUGGAAUAGUUACAUUGAUUACUGGGUUGAUGGAAAAAUGUUGAUGGGUUCUUUCUUUGACUAUUACAACAAGUGGCAAAAGUAUUUAGAAGAGAAGCCAGAUCUUGAUGUACUUAUUGUCCAGUAUGAAGACUUGAAAAUGGAUAGUUUAAAUCAGUUACGUCGAAUUCAGACUUACCUUGGACUCAGCCAUUCUGACGAAAGACUUCAAACCGUUUUAGAUAAAUGUUCGCUAGGCAAUCUUAGAGCUGAUGUAGAAAAUGGAAAAAUUAAAACAGUGCUAAUUGAUGAAUCAGGAAAAUCAAUUCUUUAUAGAAAAGGCAUAAUCGGGGACUGGAAGAACCAUUUUACUGUUGCACAGGAUAAGAAAAUAGAGGUGAUUGCUAGAGAUAAAUUUAAAAACAGCAUAUUUAACUACAAAGCUUGGGUUUGUUGACAUAAGCUUAUUAUACAGUGAUUUGCUGUAUUUUAUUGGACUUUUGAACAACGAUGUUGAAUCAAACAAGGUGUUCAAUUACAAAAAGGCAAUGUACCGCUGCUUGAAACUAUAUCCAAGCUUUUAUAAACUCAAUCAUAGUAAGUUUUCUGACAAAACAAAAAAACAUUCGAAACGGAGAGCACUUUAGGGGGUGGGGAUGAAAACAAACGUUGAAUAAACUUAGUUUGUAUAUUUAAUACAUAAUCUUCCAUACUGCUUAUUGUUUCACUAGGAUGCAUUACUUUAAAUAAAAACACGUUUGGUUCAAGGAAUUAGACCGGACAAGUUGUAUCCUGUCGAAACGUACAUAUUGCACUUACACUUGCAUAGUUCAUGUACAUUCUAUCAUCUCUCAUUGUAUAUUGUUUCCAAUGAUUUUUUGGUAUUACUACUGAUAAAAGCAUCAGAAACAUCGGCAACACUACAAAAUGUUCUAACGGAAGAAACACAUUUUAUAUAGCUUAUAAUAUCGGAUUAUCAAUGUGUUGCUUCUUUUUGAAUAACAUCUUAAAAUGCUUGGAUAGAUAGAUAUGUUAAACGUUAAAUCAUUAGAAAGUUAUAAUUGCUCUUGAAAGAGUAAAUGGAAAUAGUAAAAUGUAACUCAUUA